AUGCCGAUCCCACUAAUGUGUUUGGAUGUCAUUUCAGAUAAUGAAGUGGAGAAACUCUGUAAUUUUCAGGCGAUUGUACGCCACCUGAACCUGAGCAAAGACAGUCUUAAGUACACUAUGAGCCGGCCCAUUAUAAACAACAGCCAUCAUACAGAUGUGUCGCUUGAAAUGAAACUCUAUGCCAUCCUGGAUAUGAGAGAAAUUGACCAGACCUUAAUUUCUUACAUUUGGGUUUAUUUGGAAUGGACAAAUGAGUACAUUAAGUGGGACCCAAAUCAAUUCUGUGGAAUUAAGGAUAUGACAAUUCCUACUGCAUAUUUGUGGAUGCCCGAUAUAACUAUUGUAGAGAUGACAGAGAAGGAUAAAGCCUCUCCGAGUCCUUAUCUCUGCGUCAACCACGAUGGUGUGAUCGAAUACAGGAAUGACCAGGUGGUGGUGAGCACCUGCAAGCUGCACGUGUACAAAUUCCCCUUUGACUUUCAGAAGUGCAACAUAUCCUUCAAGUCUAUUAUGUACUCUGAUGCAGAAAUAAAGUUAAAGCCCGACAACAGCAAUAAAACAGUCACAGAGUGGUCUCGUGACUUUAUGCAGACACAGUAUGAGUGGCUCUUUGUCGACAUGUCAGUCACCAACAGAACUGUCAAUGAGUUUGACUUCAAUCAACUUAUGGUUGUCUACACUAUUACCAUGAAGAGGAGGUCUGUCCUCUACAUUGCUAAUUUCUUGCUGCCAGUCUUCUUCUUCUUGGUUCUGGAUUUAGCCUCCUUCCUUGUAUCAGACAGUGGAGGUGAGAAACUUGGCUUCAAAAUCACUGUGCUGCUUGCUGUCACGGUGAUGCAGCUUCUUCUCAAUGAGAUCUUGCCCAGCUCUUCAAACAGAAUUCCACUUAUAGCUGUCUACUGCAUUGGGGGGUUUUCUCUAAUGCUGCUCAGCCUCUUGGAAACAAUUUUGGUGAUGCAUCUGCUUGACAAAGACUCUGCAGCCCAAGAUAAUGAGAGAGAUGGAAUCCAAAACCUGUCGGAGAACUCUGGGGAAAAGCAGGACAUAUCCAACUUUCAGAGCUGUUUUAGAGGUUUCUACUGCCUGAGGUAUUCACUAAGAACAUGGUCAGUUGUGGCCAUGCACCAGCCCUCAGCCUCCUUCCUUCCAUUUAGCGUACAGCCUCAAGUUUAUUAUCCUAGCCCUGUACCUGAUCACCGGCAAGGCACGGGUUUUGAUAGCCCGGAUCUUGUCCUUUUCAUUGAGCUGACUCCUCAGGACUUGCCUGAGCCUCUACAGUUCUGUCUACCUUCCUUCUCUUCGUUACCAUUCGACUACACUUCUCCAGUGUACGACAUUCUGAUGUCAUUGGUGUAUGUCCUUGUGGUGUGGAUCACUGAAUUGAUGUCUCGUUCACUCCUGGCAUCCAUGUAG